AGGGCGUGGACUCGCUGGUGCUGGAGAGCGUGAUGUUCGCCAUCCUGGCCGAGCGGGCGCUGGGGCCGCGGCUCUACGGGGUCUUUCCGCAGGGGCGGUUGGAGCAGUACAUUCCGAGCCGGCGCCUGCGGACGGAGGACCUGCGGGACCCCGACAUCUCCAAGGAGAUCGCGGUGAAGAUGUCGCGGUUCCACGGCAUGGUGAUGCCCUUCAACAAGGAGCCCAAGUGGCUCUUUGGGACCAUGGAGUGGUACCUGAAGCAGAUUUCGGAGCUCACCUUCUCCGAGGAAGAGCAGCUGAAGAAGUUCAAGCAGCUCCAGGCCUACAACCUGCAGGAAGAGAUGAAGAGCCUCAGGGAGCUGCUGGAGGCCACCCCCUCGCCGGUGGUCUUCUGCCACAACGAUGUCCAGGAGGGGAACAUCCUGCUGCUGGCCGGGCACGAGGCCUCCUCCUCCGACAAGCUCAUGCUCAUCGACUUCGAGUACAGCAGCUACAACUACCGGGGCUUCGACAUCGGCAACCACUUCUGCGAGUGGGCCUACAACUACACCCACGACUCCUGGCCCUUCUUCAAGGCGUCCCUGGAGAACUACCCCAGCCGCCAGCAGCAGCUGCAUUUCAUCCGGCACUACCUCUCGGAGGACUCGGGGCGCGGGGGGGACACCACGCACCAGGAGCAGGCCCGCAUCGAGGAGGAGAUGCUCACCGAGGUCAACCGGUUUGCCUUGGCCUCUCACUUCUUCUGGGGGCUGUGGUCCAUCCUGCAGGCCAAGAUCUCCACCAUCCAGUUCGGGUACCUGGACUAUGCACAGAGCCGCUUCGAGGCCUAUUUCCAGCACAAGGCGCGGUGGUCCUGAGGGCGGCCACCUCUGCAGCCCCCCCCCAGCACCGCCAGGGACGCAGGACGUGCCCCCUCCCCGUGGGGCUGCCCCCUCCCCGUGGGGCUGCCCCCUCCCCGUGGGGCUGCCCCCUCCCCGUGGGGCU